AUGUCGUUCCCGACGAAGCAGGGCCUAGCGAAAUACCUUCGCAACCACCGGUGGCAGGUCAUCGUCGAAGCUGCGGCCGUGCCUCUACCAUUACCGGUGACGAGGCAGCGGCUGCGGGCCAAUCCGGCCCCGAUCCCGACGCGCGGAGGUGAUGAUCGAGUCCCCGUGGUACAGACGGUGGAUGUGCCAAGGAUACCGGCUGGUAACAGACCGCCGGACACAGGCGGCACACCACUGCCACCUACACCGAGAGCUGAGCCAAGAAGACCGGACGGUAGCAGACCACCGGACACAGGCGGCUCUGCCUCAAACCCGACAGGUACUGCGCCAAGCAUUGUUGUAGCGAGCCCGGAGCUCUGGCGGCCGCGUGAUUCCUCACCGGCCUCUAAUGAUAACUCCUCCUCGAGCGGCGUGGCGGCCAAGGACGACGAUUUGUUGGGUGUCCCUCUGCCCGAACCUGACGCUGGCGGUGUUGGCGUCGACGAAGGAGCGCAAAUCCUCAGGCCAGAUGACACCACACCCCUACAUGAGUUCCGGGAGCGUUUCACGGUCCUCAAUAGGGAACCGUGUUCCGAGGAGGUGUGGUUGAGGUUUGUCUCCCUCGUCGACGAGAUGACCGCCGAAGCCGCCGUUAUUGUCAAGUUGCCCGUGAGGGGGAGGCGGAGCCUCCGGCAACAGGACUGCGAUUGA